CAAUUUACCUCCACUCCUCUCACUAUUCCAUCACUUUGUUCUACCCUAGUUCAACUUUCUUUUUACGCUUAUACUUCUCAAUUAAAAUGCAUGAAAUCCUACUAUUUGUUGUCAUCAUCGUGAGCUUUCUUUCCAAGGCCAUGGCUCGGCCUCAUGAAGAUUUACCCACACACCAUCCGACAAUCAGAUGGAGGAACUGCACUCUAGACGUCCCUCGUCUUCAGUGCGGAGAAAUGGCUGUUCCGAUCGAUUAUGGUAAUCCCACAGGAGAGUCCAUCACCAUCCGCAUGGCUCGCCUCAAGUCAACUAACAACGGUACUGCUCCCUUGGGCACUCUUUUGAUAAAUCUUGGGGGACCUGGAGCCCCCACAGCCGCUCUUAUUAAAGAUGUUGCAAAGGGAAACCAACUUUUUAGUGAAGAAUUGAUGGCAAAUUACGAUAUUGUUGGACUGGACCCCAGGGGCGUUGGCACGAGCAACCCCGUAAAAUGCAAUCAACGGAUCUGGAACGAGCGAGUCAACCUAUUCCCCACUACCGAAGAAGAGUACCAGUCAAUUGUCGCACACAACAAGGCGCUCGGAGAGAGUUGUGCCAAAUUGACUGGGAAUCUCAUCAAUCAUCUAGACACUGCACACGUGGUAGAAGAUUUCGAGAUGUUCCGCCUUGCCAUCAAUAACGGCGGGUUGAACCUUCUCGCAUGGUCAUAUGGAACACAAAUAGCUAUACAAUAUGCGGAGAAGUAUCCAGAGAAUGUCAACCGCUUCGUCCUCGACGGCAUCACCGACCACACCCUCCCCGAAACUACAACGCUUAUCGCUGAAGCCGCAACCUACGAAGCAACCUUAAACCAGUUCUUUCUCUGGUGCAACACGACAUCUGACUGCUUACUCCAAGGCCAAAAUGUCGCUGGCCUUUUUGACAGCCUCGUCAAGACCGCCGCCUCGUCGCCAAUCCCAGCCCCUAACUGCAACUCUACAGGAGACAACGCUUGCUUCUCAACCAUAACCGCCUCCGACAUACUCACCAACGUCCAAUUUCUCCUUGCCGGCCCAAACAUAAACACAACUUGGCCGGAACUCUCCUCUAGUCUUGCUGCCGCCGCCCAAGGCAACGCUGGGCCGGGCCUGUCUACCCCUAUCGCCACUUCCGAUAACUACAACGGAUAUGCGUUCCUCGCUAUCGCCUGCCAAGACUGGCUUCAUGAAUCCAGUGGUGUUACGGACGUUCUCGAAAAGCAGCGCAUGGCAGCUGCAAUGUUCCCUCACACCCGUGGCGCUUCUGAGAGUUACUACGCGCAGGUCAAAUGUAUUGGUUGGCCAGCGCUAACGACUAAUCCCCAGCACGUGCUUGAGAAGAAAGCGCUUAGGGCACCUCCGAUGUUGCUGGUAAACGCGCUGUGGGACCCUGAGACGAGUAUUGUAUGGGCGACGGGGGUGGCGAGGCAGUUGGAAGAGACGGGGUCAGUGUUAGUAACGAGAGAUGGAGCUGGGCAUACAAGUUAUUUGGGUAGUUUAGAAGGAGAGACCCGAGGGGUUGAGGAGGUAUUUUUAUUGACAGGGGUGUUGCCGGCAAAGGGUUUGGUUUUGAGGUCGUGAGCUGGGGGUAGGGGGAAUGUUUUUUGUCGCAAUUAUAGCUAGCUGUAGCUGCACUGCAUAUUAUUUUGUAAUGCUCCUAGCCGGAUGA